AACUUCUGAUUUGAACGGACCGAUAGGCGGUCGGUCGGUCGGCAGGCAGGCAGGCAGAGUGCGUGGACCACAACAGCCUCAAAGGUGAGGAGCUCCAGAGGUUUUCUGCUCCGAAGUCUUCACAGCCGCUGCGUUGAAUCUUUGACUGUCUUUGAACGCCGGUGACUGACCAGCGAGAGCGUUAUUUUCCCUCCGGAGAAACGCCGACAAGGUGGACGCUGAUAAAGCUGUAGGGAAACCUCCUCUGACGACAGUCACACAAGUAGGGGAAACAGAGGCACCGGAUUAAAGGAAGUCGUAUCCUGGUCAUUGUUCAUCUCUGCUGGAUGGAGUCUCCUCUCUGAUCUGAAGGAAACUUUUACUACUUGAAGUUGGGAAAGCUGUCAUCUGUGUGCCGGUCUCCUUAGAGCCUACAGCAAGUGUCAACUGUAGUUCUGUGGCAUCGAGACGACACUAAUAUCGUCAGUAAUUUGUGUGGACAAGAGACAAAGGCACCUGCAGUCAAAGGACAGCCUCAUAAAAACUGAGGCCUGCUUUCCUUGCUACCUAUCCCCUUUUUCUCUGCACUAUUUUUCUCAGUUAAUGAGCUGAUACCAUCCAAUCUGAACUGACCUCUUCUUGCAUGGUUGCAAUGUGGACUGCUUUCUAGACAUUUGAGCUGUGAACGUUCACCAUCAACACAUUUCUUUUCAUCAAGUUCAACCCUAAGCACCAAAUGUGUCCGUGAGACUCAUCACUUCACUCAGUGGGCAUUAUGUUAACCCUAAUCUAAACCAACAGCACACCUGUCCCUCCCAUCGCCCCUCCCCACACCCUUUCCCAUCUCCAUCAUGACCAGUCUGAAGCGUUCUCAGACAGAGCGCUCGGUUGGUGGCUCAGUGCCGGCUACUGAUGAGUUCUAUACCCGCCGCUUGCGUCUGCCAAAUGGAGGUGCACCACCACCCCGCAGUGAGAGCGCCCACAUCUCCUCUUCCUCCACCACCGGCACCAACCCUGGCGUCCCUAAGAUGGGUGUCCGGGCUCGUGUGGCUGAUUGGCCUCCACGGAAAGAUGGGGGAGGAGGGGGUGUUUGGCAUAUCACUGUCGAAACAGACUCACCCAGCUCUACCAACACCACCAGCUCUUCAGGAUCAGGAAGUGGAGAUAGAGAAAGACUUGGAGGUGGGGGAGGGGGAGGAGGAGGAGGAGGAGGUGGAGGAGGUGGUGGUGGUGGUGGUGGUGGUGGUGGAGGAGGAAGUGGUGGUAGUGGUGGCAGUGGGGGAGGUGGGGUGUCAGCCGUCACAGCCCACAGCAAUCUGUCAGCCAAGCUGGGCCACCUGAUAAGCCCACAGGACUCAUCCAUGCUGCGCAACAUCCACAACACACUAAAGAGCAAGAUGCAGAGCAAGGGAAAGGACAAUCGCUUCCUGUCGCCAGAUGGAUAUCUGGGUUCACCUCGCAAAGGCAUGAGGCGCAUUCGCCAGCGUAGCAACAGUGAUAUAACUAUCAGUGAGCUGGAUGGUGACGGCAAUGAGGGCUGGUCCUUCUCGGGAUGGACACCCAUGCACCGUGAGUACGGCAGCACUUCAUCCAUUGAUAAACAUGGUGUGUCGGGAGAGAGCUUUUUUGACAUGCUAAAGGGAUACCAAUCCCAUGAGGCCCCUGAUCAGCGAAGCCCAGCUCCAGAGAGGCUCACGGAACUACUUACCGUGGCUCCAAUAAAACAGGCAGCUUUGGACCUGCCAGACGGACCUUUAGGUCCAGCUAGAGGUAGUCCCGCCAGUCGACUGAAGGAACGAGAGAAGCACUUGAAGAGGAGGUCGAAGUCAGAGACAGGUGGAGAGUCAAUAUUUCGUAAGCUGCGCAGUGUGAAAGUGGAAGGGGACACUUCAAGGGCAGGCUCAGAUGCUGAAGAUGGAGGUAAGGGGGAUGAGAGUGGUCCAGCUCCCAAACCCUGGUUGUGCCAAAAAGGCUUUUCCCAUUUUGACGUCCAGUCUCUACUCUUUGACCUCAACGAGGUAAUCCACAGUCGUCAGUCUGGGUCCAAACGCAAGAACACCACUACUGGUGCCUCGGCUGCUGCUGCUGCCUCUGCUUCGGCCACAUCCUCCCUGUCCUCCAAUCAAAGCGGAGUGUAUGGGUCACCCUGUGGCUCACAAGAAGAACUGAGCAAGGAGGGAACAGGACACAGUACCAACCCUGCUUUGGACCCUGGUGAUGACAAAAGCAAUGACCUGGUGCUCAGUUGCCCGUGUUUCAGGAAUGAGAUUGGUGGAGAGUGUGAGAGGAACAUCUCUCCUGCUAAACAGCAGGGCAGCAUAGGCAGUGGGGGAAGCUCAAGCAAUUCUUCUGGUAGUACAGAGGAAGGUCCUUUGGAUUCCACCCUCACUACUCAUUUUACCAAUGCUGGUGUGGCUGUGUUGGAGGCGCCCAAGGAUGGGCCAAGCCAACAUGCAGACAGGUCCAAACGAUACAUUGUGGAGCACGUUGAUCUCGGCGCCUACUACUACCGAAAGUACUUCUACCUCAGAGAACACUGGAACUACUUAGGGGUAGAUGAGAACUUGGGCCCAGUGGCAGUGAGUCUGAGGAGGGAGAAGUUGGAUGAGCACAAGGAGCAUGGCCAGCAGUACAACUACAGGGUCAUCUUCAGGACGAGUGAGCUGAAUACCCUGAGGGGCGCCAUCCUGGAAGAUGCUGUACCCUCCACAUCCAAGCACGGUCUAGCUCGAGGUCUGCCCCUGAAAGAGGUGCUGGAGUACCUGGUUCCUGAGCUCAACGCCCACUGCCUGCGCCUGGCACUCAACACACCUAAAGUUACAGAGCAGCUGAUGAAGCUGGAUGAGCAAGGGUUGAGUUUCCAGCGGAAAGUGGGUGUGAUGUACUGUAUGGCAGGUCAGAGCAGUGAGGAGGAGAUGUACAACAACGAAUCAGCUGGUCAAGCGCUGGAGGAGUUCCUUCAUCUGCUGGGGGAGAGGGUUCGACUUAAAGGCUUCACCAAGUACAGGGCCCAGCUGGACACCAAGACUGACUCGACGGGUACCCACUCGUUGUACACCACUUACAAGGACUAUGAGAUCAUGUUCCAUGUAUCUACCAUGCUGCCCUACACACCCAACAAUAAGCAACAGCUACUCCGGAAGCGUCAUAUUGGGAAUGACAUCGUCACAAUUGUGUUCCAGGAACCUGGCGCUCUCCCCUUCACCCCCAAAAACAUUCGCUCUCACUUCCAGCACGUCUUUGUGAUCGUACGUGCUCAUAACCCGUGUUCUGAGAACAGCUCUUACAGUGUGGCGGUCACUCGUUCCAAAGACGUGCCCUCUUUUGGCCCCCUCAUCCCAGAAGGCGUGACCUUUCCCAAGUCCUCUGUGUUCCGGGACUUCCUGCUGGCCAAGGUCAUCAAUGCGGAGAACGCCGCCCACAAGUCGCACAAGUUCCGCGCCAUGGCCACCCGAACACACCAGGAGUAUCUGCGCGACCUGGCUGAGCGCCACACCACCAGCACUCCCAUCGACCCCUCAGGAAAGUUCCCUUUCAUCUCACUGGCUCACAAGAAAAAAGAGAAAAGUAGGCCGUACGGAGGGGCAGAGCUGCGCAGCCUGGGAGCUACAACCUGGCCGGUCCACGUUGAAGAUCAUGGGACCGGAGGGGAACUGGAAGCCCUUUUGGCCAUCUCCAAUGACUUUCUCAUCUUGUUGGACCAGGAGGCCAAGGCUGUGGUGUUCAACUGUGCCACUAAGGACGUGAUCGGCUGGACGCUGAGCAGCCCUGCAUCUUUGCGGAUUUUCUACGAACGUGGAGACAGUGUGUCUCUGAGAAGUAUCAGUAAUAACACUGAGGAUUUCAAGGAGGUUGUUAAACGUUUAGAGUUCCUGACCAAGGGUUGUGAGACAUCAGAGAUGACGCUUCGUCGAAACGGCCUUGGGCAACUCGGCUUCCACGUCAACUAUGAAGGCAUCGUGGCUGAGGUGGAGCCGUAUGGUUAUGCCUGGCAGGCAGGACUGAGACAGGGAAGCCGAUUGGUAGAAAUCUGCAAAGUUGCUGUUGCAACACUGACCCAUGAGCAGAUGAUUGAUCUCCUGCGAACCUCAGUGACAGUGCGUGUCGUCAUCAUCCCACCACAUGAUGACGCCACUCCACGCAGGGGCUGUUCAGAGCUCUAUCGGAUGCCCGUAUCAGAUUACAAGGGUAGCAGCAGCGAUAGUGGCUCCUUCGAGUACAAGUUCCCCUUCCGCAGUAACAACAACAAGUGGCAGAGGACGUCCAGCAGCCCUCAGCAAUCACUGACUGCCUCGCCACAGCCCCACACGCCCAACCGGGCUAUCAGCCUGGGUAGCUCAGUGGGGAAGACCCUGUCAGCUGAGCGGCUAGAGAGGGGCGCAGUCAUCCCACGCAGUGUCAGCAGCGAUGGCCGGCCCCUGGACACCAAAAGGAUGUCUCCAGGCAGUGAGAGCUAUAGCCUGGCCUCUUCCCUGGCGUUGGGUCGUUCCCCUCACAAUCGCAGCUCUCCCAGCAACCUGUCUUGUUCCAGUGACGCCUCCGGAAGCUCUGCUCACUGGAGACAGAAGUCCAUGCCUGAGCAGUUUGUAAGCAAUCGCCACUCGCCGAUGUCCGGGGAGAGACGAGAGGUGGUCGGAGAAGGCAGCUCCAGUGGGAAGUCCACUCCCAAUUGGUCAAGAAUGGAGGACGGGGGAAGUGGUGAGCGAGGGUCAACAGAGGCCCCAGUCUCCAAGUCUGGUCCAGGUUACUCAGGAGCUCCCCGCAUCCAGAGGCAGGAGCAGGUCAUCCACAUCUCACCGAAGAAGAGUAGCCAGUCUGACGGACCUUACUCCGGACACUCAAGUAGUAAUACUCUAUCCAGCACAGCUUCCAGCGGGGGCCACAGCGACAGCGAUAAAUGGUACGAAAUGGGAGCGGGUGGAGGCUCCAGUGGUGACCAGGGUGAAACUGAGCCCAAUGGCCUGGGAGGAGGUGGCUACCUCCAGGGGGCCUCGGCCGACAGCGGCAUUGACACAAGCUCUUAUGGAGCCUCUCACCACUCUCACCCCCAUUCUCAUCAUGGCAGUACCACCUCCCUAUUGGCUCCCAGUGGAGGCAGAGAGAGCAGGGAGCGGUCAGUGUCUCCAUGGCAUAGCCCCACCGAGGGAGGCCGCAGGAUGCUGGAGAGAUCACCUGCUGCCGCUGAGUCCCCUGGACCUCCAGGAGAAAGGAGUAUGGACGGAACAGGCCGGACCCCCCCUACUCAUCUCCUUGUUAGAGACAGCAGCACGUACAGUCUAAGUGAAGCUGGAUCGCACUCGAGCGCCAGGCAUUCAGGCCACAGCUCCCCAAGAGAGGAGUCCUCCUCUUCAGCCACCUCCCCUUCAUCCCAGUCUUCGGCAUCCCCUGGGCCCAAGAGCUUCUACCCCCGCCAGGGAGCUCAGUCCAAAUACCUGAUUGGCUGGAGGAAGCCCGGUUCCACCAUCAAUUCUGUCGACUUUGGAGACACACGCAAGAAGUCACCAGGAGAAGGAGGAGUGGAGGCUGCGCCAACCCCAGCAGCCAGGCCCUCCCUUCGUGACAUGCACUCGCCCCAGCCUCAUGCCAAAUCUACUAUAGAGGAAGAUGUGAAGAGACACAGCACCCCAGACAGCCCUCCACCACCACGCAGACAUAAGGAAAAGCACGGACAGAAAUCUCCAACAGGCCAGCCUCCCAGCCACCGUCGCUCCCUCCAUCGUACCCUGUCAGAUGAGAGUAUCUAUCGUGGCCAGCGUCUUCCUUGCUUGAGCGACACAGUGGCUGAACCGGCACUCGGCGCUGAUGUUCUCUUCAGCUGCUCCACCCUCCCACGCUCACCCACCACGCGUGGUGUUCCCCUCCGGCGACCCUCCUAUAAGCUGGGAGUCAAGCUCCACGGUGAUCUUUCGGCAUCUGACACAUCAUUGGUGGAUUUGGUCGAGCGUCAUCGUGGGCCCCUCCCUCCGGAGCUGAUGCCUCUUCCAUCUUCAGACAGGGACAACUUGGAGUGGACACACCUGGUGGACGUUGCUAAUACCUUUGAGACCGAAAGAAACACACAUUACGUCCAAAGAAGUUUUGUCUUUGGAGAUGCGAACCACCGAAGCAGUGGUGCCUCCAGUCCCCAGCAACCACACAUAGAGCUGCAGCCUGUUCCACUGUCACGGCCUUCAUCGAGUGAGGGUCACAUAGGGCUAGAGAGGAAGGUAACUAAGCUGGAGGCCAUGGUGAAGAUGCUCCAGGAGGAUCUGAAGAAGGAGCGUGAGGAGAAGGUAAGACUUCAGUCUCAGAUCAAGAGGCUGUGGGAGGACAACCAGAGGCUGCAGGAGGAGUCCCAAACCUCGGCUGCCAAGCUCAAGAAGUUUACCGAGUGGGUCUUCAACACCAUCGACAUGAACUGACCGGCACACUUUCAACUCGCACGCACACACACACAAGUACACACAGUCUGGAUGGAGAGGUGGGGGGAUCGACAAAGACUGACAUGUGAAAGGCUUGUUGUUGAACCCUCCGAACAUCUUCUAUUGGCUUCAGAUAUCGCGACCAGUCCCCGCAGACCCUUGGAUGAUCUUCUCAGGAUGAGACACAAGACUAUUGGGUGUCGUUUAUCAGAUUAUGAAGGACUGGCCUCUACUCUCCAACGGGACCAUGAGAGAUUUUCUGAAUCAGUCUUUCAGCCAAUAUAUUUUUUCGCAAAAAUUGCCAACAAAGAGGAAGCUCUUUCUGAAGAGAAGCUAGCUUUGCCCCUUCCCCCGCCUUUCGUCUUUUUAAGGACAAUGUUCCAUAGAUAUCUGGCCUUGAAUUUUGCCUCUAUAAUCUUAUUUUACAAAUACAUUCCUCCAAUGUUGCCCAGCUUCUCUGAAAGGUGCCAAAUCACAGCGACCACAGCAGAAGGUAGCAGAGACAUCCAUGUCUCUGAAAAUGCCACACAAAGUCAGAUAGGUACGCACACAAACACAGAAGGAAUCUGAAGCCACCACAACAUCGGACACAAGAGGGGGGUUCACAUUUCCUUCGCAUGUAAAUGGAGAGUGAAGAAAUUUAGUAUCUGCUUGCAGACGUGGAAGCAAGUCGAUCUGCAUCUGAACUGGAAGGAAACUUGGAUUUGUACAGUUUUUUUUGUUUGUUUGUUUUUGUUUUUUUUCCAUUUCUUCUCCUCUGUGUCACUCUGGAUCUGGAUUACAGCAUCCUGUCUCUACAGCACAAACCAACACCUGACAAAGGAGUAUAUUUAUAAGCCAUUGGCAUGUGGUGCCAUAAAACAUGACUGAUAAUCCAGAGUGCUUUGGUCCAUCCCAAUUGUAUGUGUCUUAAAAGCAAUAGGAAGAAGUCAGGAUGCCGGUCUCGCACCAAAAAAGGGAGAGAUUUUGCUCUGGAAAGACGUGGGAAAAACGCCAGUCCUCCGUCUGCUUCCAUCUGCUGUGAAAGCAGUGGACAUCUUGCUUUGGGAGAGGAGAAAGGGAGGACUCCGCUUACCAGUCCACUGUUGGGAACACAGAGCCAGCUGAUGAUAAAUGACAGACAUUUUUUCGGGAAGGGAAAAGUGAAGGUUAUUUUUCCCCCCAGGUUAAUUUAUUUCCUUGUAUUAUAAUUCCAAUAAAUAAGUUGUUCUAUUCGUACAGUACAACUGACAUCAGUGUUUAGUUCCUCAAGAAAAAGGUCACUAGCUAUAUUAUUUAAAUGGCUUUAUUUCUUAAUUCUGGCUAAAGCCUGACUAUAUGCUUUUUAUUCUGUAUUAUGUUGUAUUUUGUGGUGCCCGAGCCUGCUGUCGUGUUGCUUACAGUGCCCUCUAGUGGUGACCAGUGGAAAAUGUCAUGAUUAUUAAAUGUGCUGCCAGUCACUCUGUAUUUUUCCUCUUCAGCAAUCAGCCAGACAUCGACCGGGAGAGGCCACACAAAACGUAGAACACAGGAAGGAAAAUCACAAGCCAGCUCUGAGAGACAAUCAAAAGGUUGAUUUUAUUUUGAUAAAGGAAGCAGACUUUAGGUGUAUGUAUGUGGGUGAAUACGUGUGUUAACUUUGAACAUCUGUAGUUUUUCCUCAGGUUCAGUGUUUGUUGGGGAUGUGAGGAUCUUUUUGAGAAAGUAACCUGACAAAAAUUACCUGUCGUUAGAUUUAAAAACCCGCGAUGGGAAGGAGCUGCAGCACCAAGUGGCAGUGUGCGUGCGUGCGUGCGUGUGUGUGUGCGUGUGUGUGUGUGUGUGUUGUCGUUGUAUAAAUGUACAUCAGUCUAUCCAGCCGUGCCUACACUCGUCACUUAUUUUGGUCAUUUACUCCCAGGCAGAGCAGGGACGUGCCUUUGAAACAGCACCUGGGGGAACACAUGAAAGGGGAAAGGCUCUUCUUCAUCCUGAGACAUAGACACACACACACACACACACACACACACACACACACACACACACACACAUUCACCUUACACACAUAUGCUUAUUCAUACCCACAGUUGUGUUUGUGCUGGGAAAUCUGCUGCUUCGUCCUUUCUCUUUUGUCCAUAUGAAUACUUCUGCUUAACACAAUCAGGCUGGCCGGCCUCCAAAUGCAGGGACGAGAGUGUGUGAAGAGGUGCGUGAAGAUUUGUCUGUGUGUGCCUUUUGCAUUCAGUUUUAUGCAGUAUAUAUCUCUUAGUGCAGCUGGCCCCUCGUAAAAAAGUUGUUGGAAGAAAGAUUCACCCGAAUAUCAACGCUAAUCACGACACAAGCGGGAGCGACAAAGCCGACACGACUACAAGAGUAUCGGGAUCACAUCAGGUCGUUAGUACGUGGUGUAAGCCUUAAAUCCCCUGUCCUAUUGAUGAAGAAACACUCCCAGUUUUUGUAUCUCUUUAAGCAGAAUUUGCAUCUUAAAAAUGACACAAUUAAAUCCCUGCAGCGCACUGCACAAAACGGCACCCUGUCUGAAUGUAAAGAGGAUCUAAACGAGCCUAAAUAAAUGUGAUGUUUACUAUAUCUGACAUUCAGCUCUGCAGUCUUGCAGUGAGAUGAGUGGCCUCUUAACAUCAAAGAUGUACAGGUUUCGGUUCUGUUCUAAGAAUCUCGUCAGUCUGUAUGGAUGGUAACGGCACACAGUGAGCAGUCAGCUGAAGUGCUCUUCUUGGUGAGAUGAUUUGGUUUUGUUUUUUAACAGUUUAAAGGAGAAGUUCACCCAAAAAUGAAAAUGUAGUCGUUAUCUACUUAGUCAUCUUCAUGCAGGUAGAAAGUCAGGCAAGGUUUCCUCGUUCACAAAACAUUUCUGAUAUCACGAUAUUCAUGAUGACUAUGACACUAAAAAGUGUGAUAUUGAUAUUGUGUUAAUAUAGAUACAGUAAUAAUCUUGUGAGGAUGAUUGGUGUUGUGCAUCUUUUGAUUAUGAGUUGAUCUGGUUGCCUUUUCACUGGUAACUGAGUGCAAUUGUUUGUUUUUUUUAAUACACUUUUUGUAACAAGGUGAAGAGAGAGUCUGUAACUAUAAUUCUAAAACACUCAUUUUCAGGUGAAUUUAUUUCUUCUCUUCCAAUUUCUCCACAUGCACUUACACUUUUAGCCUAGCAACUAAAGUGAAGUUUUUGUGAAGACUUGGAUUGAUUAAAUGUUUUUAACAUUAACAUUUUCUAAAUUCCAUAUUUAAUUGAAAAGAUGUUAUUUUGCACUUUUAGGUUAGAAGCUGUGGUGAAGUUCGCAAUUUGGCUUCUAAGGCCUCCGUGCACUUGGAUUAAGCAGAUGAGCUUUAUGGAGCCAUUUUAAGUUUAGUUUUUCAGUUCAAGUUGUAUCCAUUGUUCAUGAGAAUGCUGCAAAUGCUGCAAAUGCUGCGAUGCUCCAGAAAUGACGUUUACGAAACUUUACUUGACUCUCCAUCAGCAUGAGAGUGAGCAGAUAAUGACACAAUUUUAACUUUUGGGUGAACUCAUCCUUUAAAAACUUGGCCAGUUGUAAAAAAAAAAAAAAAAAAAGCAGUCUAGUAUUCAUCCAAUAAUGUGAAGUCCGCAGAAUAUACACAAAAUACGAGUCAGAAAAUGUUCCACGAUCCAGGAAGUUUUGACUGUACAUUGUUUGUCGAUGCUUAAAUCAUGACUAAUGUUUUAUUGUACAUGGAAAGUGCUCUAGUUUUUUUGUAUUUCAAAUGAAGUAUGGCCAAAAUGACAAGCUGUGCAGUGCAGAUGUUUUUGCUCGCAUCUUUAAAAGAGUUGGAUAUUAGAUACAGUUAUCAACCUGAUUCACACACACACACACACACAGUCCAGAUACUCCAGUGUGAAUGUUGAGUUGUUUUACUGUGCAGAGAGUUUCUUUCUUUCCUCGGCUUUUGUUUUCUGGUGCUUUUCAGAAGGACAUGGGAAAUGUUCAGAUGUUCAAAUGUUCCAUUUUGUAAUAUCUUUUAUUUUUAAGAACCUUUGCACAGUGUUUUAUAAAAUAAUAAUAAAAAAAAAAGAUUGUGUUUACAGGUUUUCGGAUGAGAAGGGGAAAGGAGAUCCACUCCUGUGCAAUCUUGUCUAGAUGUUGCUCCGUAGUUUUCCUGCCAGUGCAGUUCCUGACAAACAGAGGAAGGUGCUCCACUUUAUUCGCUUCACCCCUCUUUUCCUUAAGCGUCACUGAUCAGACGAGAAGCGGGUGCAUGUUGUUUGUACUGCAGGGAUGUUGGUUUUCUAAGUCGAACACAGCGUGCUUGCGAGGUCAGUGAUUGCGGCGGGGCGGGAAGGCUUCACAAAGCUUACACAGCUGUGUUGGAAGAACAAACUGAACAGCGAAGCGAUCAGCUCUGACUGGAGAUAAAGCACACCGUUUCAAAUAGGACCAAGUUUUAACAGGAUUAAAGAUACUGUUUACAUCCCGGAUCCAUUGUCUUUGUAAAAUGUAAAGGUAUGAAAAAGACAUUUGCAGUGAUCACAGUAUUAAAGUUUCUGAAAUAAAUAAAUGCUGUAUCGACUUGU